UUAAAAUGGAAGCAAAAUCUUCAGCUUUUUCAGAAAUCUCUCAAAUUAAAGAAGGAUGAAACAAGAAGGAAUACUGGUUAUUUUCAAAGAUAAAUUAUAUACUUCAAGAAGAGUUUAAGUUUGGGGAAAGAGACUCAAAGCAAAACAGACUUAUAGAUUUUGCCAGACUUGAAGGUUUCAUGAAGAAAGCUUCGAAAUUUCCUAUUUUCUGCUCAUUCGUGCACUGGGACUAUAUUAUUUUUCUUAAUGAAGGUACUUAUUAUAAAUAAGCAAGCUAACAAAUUCUUUCAGAAGAAGUUCUUACGAUUUAACUCUUUGGUGAUUGCUUAUUCAAAUCUUCCCUCUCAAAAAUGCCUAAGACAAUGCUUGCCUGGCAAACUUUGUGAUUUGGCAAGGAACAUUAGUCUUAUCACUGAGAAAGUUGUUUUGGAGGGUCUUGUGAUACAUGAGAAAGAAUUUCGAUCCCUCUUGAUUGCAAGCUGAAAUUUGAAGGAGUUUAGAUUUGAAUUCUGAACAAUUCUGAAUAAAAACAAGAGAAUUUCUGAAAACCCUAAAACUAAGGUUAAGACUAUCUUAUUCUACAAGACCAAAGUACUUAAUCUCCUGAACAAUCAUACAGAAAACCCAACAGGAGUAAAUAUUUCUUCACAAAGCUCUAUAUCUUACUCAGCUGAACCCUUGUUGGGCAAUCUAAAAAAUUUUCGGCAGGUUCUGAAUACCAUAAAAUCUUGAGUUGAUGCUAGCUUUUUGAAAAAAAUUGAAUUUAAACGCUGUAAUGUAAAUCCUAUCCAUCUUGAGCAAUGGAAGGGAGCUCAUCCAGAGCUGAGAACUGUUAAUGUUACCACAAGUUAGUCAGAAAAAUAGCUGGCCUUG